CUUUCCAGGUUGGACCUGCUGCCGAGCGACCGUUUAUUCCUGCGGGCCUUUGUUCUGCAUUUCCCCUGGAGCCGGAAUACCUUUUGAAACCCUUUGAGGAUUAAUUAUAUUUGUUUAUUUAUUUAUUUUUUGAUCAAGAUGGGCUGCUCGGGAUUCACCUGUUCCAAACACUGCCUGUGUGCGCUCAACAUCCUCUAUGUUAUGGUGAGCCUGCUGAUGAUCGGCAUCGCGGCGUGGGGGAAGUGGUUCGGCCUGGUCUCCAGUUUCCAGGUGGUGGGGGGCAUCAUCGCCGUGGGGGUCUUCCUCUUCUUCGUGGCCGGGGCCGGCCUGAUGGGAGCCAUGAAGCAUCACCAGGUCCUGCUCUUCUUCUACAUGAUCGUCCUGUUCAUGGUGUUCAUCGUGCAGUUCUCUGUUUCCAGCGCCUGCUUGGCCAUCAACAGAGAGCAACAGGAAAUGACUAAGAGAAGUAGAAGAGGACAAGGCAGAUCGACAGGAAGGGGGUUCAUUCCAGAAGUGAUUAAACACGGAUGCUCUUUAAUACGGGCUUCCUGUCUCAGAGGAACAGAGCUGCAGCGCUCAGCUUCAGGGAAACAUGUUGAACACCUCUGGAUAUCAUCCAUCACUACCAUCAGCACACAUUGUUGGCAGUGGUGAAGAUCAUCUUCCCUUCACAAGAAGUGGCUCUCCUUGUAUUUGUGGUGUCAGUAAUGAAGUGGAAGUGAUUUGUGGUCACUGUUUAAAGCCUUUCUGAUGCUGCUGACAUCUAAACCAUGAGAUCAGACGGAGAAUUGAUCCGUAUGUAAAGGUCUGUGUGCAGCAGCUAUUAGACACCUCAACUGCUGUGAGAGGAUCACACAUACUUAUUCUGCCAUUUUCAAAACUACUCACAGCCCAUAUCUUGUAUUGAUCCAGAUAUGUUUGGGACAUAUGAAAAAGCUUCUGCUUUGGUUAUUAAUUCAUGUAUGACAUAUUUUUCCCCCCCAAAAAAGCCUCUUUAAAAAAAAUCUGGAAUUCACAUUAUCUACACGUUUCAGCCAUUUUUGAAAAGUCCAGAAUCUAUGAAUUUGCAUUACACACACACACACACACACACACACACACACACACACACACACACACACACACACACACACACACACACACACACACUGCUUUUAAUUUUCUUCAGUACUCUGCUUAAGACUUUUUUUUCAAUACUGGAGCAUUUCCACUUUAUGCUACAUCAUUGCUUACUAGUUCAUUUUAAGGCUUAUAUUAUAAAAACAUAGUAUAAAUGAACAAAUGUAGUCUUAUGUAAUAAUAUGAAAACUACAAAAAUGGCCAUUCUCCAUAAAGUAUACUUUUAGUUUUGGUACUUUAUGUUUGUUUUUUUAAGUACUUACAGUAUACUACUUUCACUAAUAUCUGAGUAUUCAUCCACUUUUGCAUAACACUGGAUUCAGUGCUUUAUGAAAGUGGUGUGAGAUGAAGAGUGCUGUGCUGUGUUGUGUGUGUGUGUGUGUGUGUGUGUGUGUGUGUGUGUGUGUGUGUGUGUGCGUGCACG